AUGAACUUUACACAAGCUACAGGUUCUUCAUCAUCCUCUUGUAGCAGUAAUUCUGUAGCACCUGAGAUUCCAGUAGUAAAACAACCACCAACACACUUGAUCAGAAUAGAAAUUGAAAAUGAAGAAUCUCAUAACAAGAAUACAAGUCUUCCUGAAAGUUCGUGUUCUAAUCAGGUUGAAACUAAAGCUUCUGUGUCAAGAACAUCAGAUAUAGAAUCUCCACAAGGACGACUGUAUAGGCCAAUGAAACGUAACAACAAGAGUGCUGAUGAAGAAGCUGGAGCACCUAAGCGGUCAAAAGAAGAUGUUCCGUUUUCUCGGAGCAUUCAUAGAAGUCGCAAGAAAGUUAAUCUUGACUUACUUACCAAUAAAGAACUAGGACUUCGAAUUCUCAUUGAAAAAUUUCCACAGAGGGAUAUCAUGGAGUUGCAGGAUACACUUGUGUCGUGUGAAUGGAAUGUUAAGAAAGCUGUUUGUGAGCUGACAGGAGAAAAAUAUGUACCAACAGAGGAGGUAGAAAUGACCCACUACAAAAUAACUGAAGAGGAAGACAAAUACAAAUCAUUGGAGAAAGAGCUUACCAAUCAAACUGAAUUGAAAUGUCAGGCUUAUAGUACUAAACAGUUACAAGGUGUCACGCCAUCAGAUCAGAAUUUCUGUAGUGAUGGUUAUGAUAAAAAAGAAAGUAAAUGGUUGACAAAAAUACAUCUCACUAGUUCUACAAAAAGUUAUGGUAAAAACAGCCCCAAAUCUCUUAGAGGAAGAUGUGUACAAAACCCUUUGAAAGAUUUUUUGUCAGCUCUAAAAGCACAGGCAUCCUCUGCUACAGAAGACUUAACAACUGUGAAUAAAAUUGAUGAACCACAGGCAUCUUCUACUGCAACUAAAUUAACAACUUUCAAGCAAGAUACAUCAAAGAACCCCUCUACCUCAGUUAAAUUAACAUCUACUAAUAAUAUAGCACAUCCUUUUUCUAAAGUUUCAACAGAAUCAUUGAAUGAAUCAAAAACAUCCCAAGCACAUGUUACCUUGGAUGGCACAGCAGCUGAUAACAUUGUGUUGCCAGUAACUAGUGAUAAAGAAGGUAAUGCAUUAAAUGUGUUUAAUGAUGUAAACAGUACAGAUAUUCAUCAAAUAUCAAGAUCUUUAGACCUGCUUGAAAACACAAAUUUACAUGAUCAUUUGCCCAAGAGUCUACCUGAAGAUGGAAGAAGAUUAAGCAUGACCAGUGUGCAGGAUGGCUCUUAUGCCAACUGCCAUAUAGCAACCAGUGACAGGAGGAAGGUAAGCAAAACAUCAAAAAAAAAGAAAAGAACAAAUAUUGAAAUGCUGAGUGAUGAUGAAGAUGACGACUACAAAAAUGAAGAUGUAUACAAUAGUGAAGCCAGUGAUUAUUGUGAAGAUGAUGAUGAAUCUUUAACACCAUCUAGAGCUAAUGUUUUGAAUUUCUUUCAAACUGCUACUGUUGAAGAGAUCUUGACUGUGCCUGGCUGUAGCAAAAAGAAGGUUGAUAGUAUCUUAGCAUGCCGACCCUUUACUGGAUGGGAUGACUUAGUAAGUAAAAGUUCUAACAGUCUGAUUUUGAUGAAGUACGAGUUUCAUUACUUUUGA